GGGAGAGUCUGACCGAGUCUAGCACUAGCAAACAGUGGUACAACGGGUGGACCUGCAUCCGCCGUAGCAGGCGCAUUACUGACAAAACUCUUCUUGAGGUCAUGGACAGCAGCGAGCCACCGAAGAGUCCCGCUGACAAGCCUCUUCGUCUUCCCCUUCAGGAUGUCUACAAGAUCAGUGACGUCAGCAUUGUGCCUUUCGGUGGACUGCAGACAGGCACUACAAAGUCAGGUACCGUUUUUCCGUUUGCCCUAUCUAGUCUCACAGCAGAAGGCAAAUCAGUGGAAAAGCACCAGGAAGCUUUUCCUGAAGCUGGAGGCGGCAACAACCUUGGUUUCAAAGCUAAGGGUAUUUCUGCCAAGGAAAUUUGCCGUGGUUACGACGCUGGUGAUUCAAAGAACCGGCUACCUGUCGUGACAGAAUCGUUUUACGCUCAGGUCUCCGUCAUGAACAAUCGUGGAAAUAUCAAAAAUGGCUUCUCCCCGUGUUGGAUUGACGCCCAUAUCUCCUGCAGGUUUACCGAGCUCUUUACCAAAGUGGACAGAAUAAAUUGCCUGCUCCUAGAAGAAUUCCCCGAGGCUAUUAAGUAUGCCGAGGCAGACAUUGUGAAGCUGAUUCCAUCUAAACCGUUGUGUCGUGAAGCCUUUGCAAAGUUCGCGCCUCUAGAACGGUUUGCCCUCCGUGUCAUGAAGCAAACGCUCGCCGUUGUCAUUAUGAGGAGUGUUGAGAAGAUGGCGGCCUAG